CUGGAAGAGCCCUGGGGGAGUCAGACGCAUUCUUGGCUGAGAUUCAAUGCCUGACCUAGACGCCGACAAACAGAGGGGAGAAGGCAGUCUGAGCUGCAAGGUCGUAUUGUGUGGAUGUGCUGGGUCUUCACGCUUUCAGAGCGCAGGGGGAAAAAAGGAAACAAAGUACAGACUCUAAAACAAAACUGGGGACUGGAUUUCGGGAGGACUGGUUUUACUGCUCGUAUGUUGGAAGAAAUCUUUUUGAAAGAGCUCGGUUGUGGAUAUGUUUGAAGGCAAGAGUGCUGCAGAAACACAGCACGCCUGAGAGACUGGAUUUCAUGAGCUACUUUAAUUUUGUCUGUGCCGGUGGGGCAAAGUUGGGCGCCGCGGCUUUUUAAAGAAGGGUUUGUCUGAUUUUUUUUUGUGCAAAACGGGUGUGCUUUUGGGGGUCCGGAAUCAUGGAGACUCUGCCACGGUCUAGUUUUCAGCCUCACCCAGGGCUCCAGCAAACCUUGAAGCAGUUUCAUCUCAGCAGUAUGAGUUCGCUCGGGGGACCGGCGGCUUUCUCUGCCCGGUGGGCUCAGGAGAUGAUGUACAAAAAGGAGACGGGGAAAGAGACAGAUCAGAUCAUCCAUCUGCCCAUCCAGCCCCCUCCUGUCAUGCCGGGGCCCCUCUUCAUCCCCUCGGACCGAUCAACGGAGAGGUGCGAGACCAUUCUGGAGGGGGAGACCAUCUCUUGCUUCGUAGUUGGUGGGGAGAAGAGGCUGUGUCUGCCUCAGAUCCUUAACUCCGUCCUUAGAGAUUUUUCUCUCCAGCAGAUCAAUUCGGUGUGCGAUGAAUUGCAUAUUUACUGUUCUAGAUGCACGGCAGACCAGCUGGAGAUCCUGAAAGUCAUGGGGAUCCUGCCCUUCUCUGCUCCAUCCUGUGGCUUGAUCACCAAGACAGACGCAGAGCGGCUUUGCAAUGCCUUGCUUUACGGAGGAACCUACCCUCCCCAUUGCAAAAAAGAAUUCUCCAGCACCAUUGAGUUGGAGAUCACGGAGAAAAGCUUCAAAGUGUACCACGAGUGUUUUGGGAAGUGUAAGGGACUCUUUGUGCCUGAGUUGUACGGCAGCCCUCAUGCUGCGUGCAUCCAGUGUAUGGACUGCAGGCUCAUGUACCCUCCUCACAAAUUUGUCGUGCACUCGCACAAAUCAUUGGAAAACAGAACCUGCCACUGGGGUUUCGAUUCGGCCAACUGGAGAGCCUAUGUUCUUUUGAGUCAGGAUUACACAGGAAAAGAGGAGAAAACUCGAUUUGAACAAUUACUGGAUGAAAUAAAAGAGAGAUUUGACUACAGCAAUAAAUAUAAAAGAAAAGCGCCCAGGGUCCCCUUUGACCAAACAGUGUUUAAAAAGUUCAAGAAAGAUGAAACUACUUCAGAGCAUCCAACUACAAGUGAGAAGGAGAAACAGCCUGAAUGGUGGAGGUCCUUUUCCUCUCCUUCUGGGACUAAGAAUGUUCUAAGUAGCAGUUGUGUACAUUCUCAGCAAAGACUCUCCGCCUUCAGACCCUGGUCACCAGCCACUUCAACAAUUGAAAAAGAAACUCUGACUCACCACCCUGCACUGUCCCGGGACAGUUUCUAUGCGUACAAAAGUUAUGAAAGUUCAGUGGCACCAAACGUUGCUCUAACACCACUGCCCCAGCAGAGGACUGGACGACAGUCACCACUGGCCACUGCAGUCACACAGAACACUGGGACUCCAAAUGAAGUUAACAGAUCUCGGAAAAGGAGGGUAACUGCGGAAUCAGAGCUUGAACAGGAAACAGCUGCUCCCCUUGCUGCCACGUUUCCUUCUGAAGACAAAGAUUCAGAUGCUGAAGUGGAAGUUGAGAGCAGAGAAGGAUUCACAUCAUCACUGUCUUCACUUUCUUCUCCUUCCUUCACCUCAUCUGGUUCAUCAGCUAAGGAUUUGAGCUCACCUGGGGUCCAAGUUGCAUCCAGUGGAACCCACGAGACUUUCGGCCACACAGAGACACACAACGGUGGAUUGGAAGUGGAGCUAGAACAGUUAAGACAGGCCUUGGACAUUGGGAUUGACACCAAGGAGGCCAAGGAGAAAUUCUUACAUGAAAUCAUAAAGAUGCGAGUAAAGCAAGAGGAAAAACUGAAUGCUGCUUUACAAGCCAAGCGCAGUUUGCAGCAGGAACUUGAAUUUCUCCGUGUUGCCAAGAAAGAGAAACUACGUGAAGCCACAGAGGCCAAGCGCAACUUGCGAAAAGAGAUAGAACGUCUUCGCACAGAGAAUGAGAAGAAAAUGAAAGAGGCAAAUGAGUCACGGAUAAGGCUAAAACGUGAACUAGAACAAGCAAAACAAAUCAGGGUCUGCGACAAAGGCUGUGAGGCUGGGCGUCUGAGGAUCAAGUACUCGGCGCAGAUCGAGGAGCUGCAGGUGAAAUUGCAACAUGCCGAGGCGGAUCGGGAACAGCUGCGGGCAGAUCUGCUGCGGGAGCGAGAGGCACGGGAACACUUGGAAAAAAUGGUGAAAGAGCUUCAGGAACAACUCUGGCUGAAACCAAGCAACUCCACUACCAAUAAAGUGGUUUCAAAAGACAGUGAAAUUUAAAAGAAAAAUACACAAAACUGUGUGUGGCUGCGUGUGCGUGAGUGUGUUUGUGUGAACGUAUGUGUAUAUGUUCACACAUACACACGGAGGAUACAAGAGUUGGCUGUUUUCGGAGAAAGAAUGUUACUUCAGACACACGCACUGAAACUACCCUCCCCUAACGACACAGUACCACACAGAAAAUGUGUGCCUGCCAUCCUGCCAGACUUCAGACAUUAAACUGUUUCUGAGAUACUUUAAUACGGUUAGUGACAGCACCGAGGAUUUUUUUUCCUGCUAUUUAGGGUUUUUUUUCUACAGCGCAUCACAAGAUGUACAGGAUUCCUGGACAACUGUCAAAUAUUGUACCAAAUAAAAGGGAGGAGGAACAAAAAGGGGUGGGGGGAGGGGUAGCAGUGCUCUCUCUGGUAAUUUACAGAACUCUUCAAAUUCUACUUUUGUAAUAAGCUAUUGAAGUACAGAAACAAAGAAAAACUGUUUUGAAAACAGAAGACUUGAUUUUAAACCAAGUUUGAAAUAUGUGCAGUUGUUAUGAAAACUUGCUUUCUCCUUGAUGCGUCUCAUGUGGUUUCCCCAGGACUGCCCAUUGUGUCAGCUGCUGUUGCUCCCCAGAACUCUCCAAUUUUUUUUCUUCCGGAUUUAAAUCACCAUGAGUCAAAUCGGAAGCCAUGGAACAACUUUACUGCAACACCCCUCCUUUUUUUAAAAAAAGAUAAAUAGCUCGUGGAGCCUUUCAAAGACUUUUUCAUUUCCUCUCCUCCCACCCUCCCCAACCACCAUCUCUGUGUUUAGUUGGAUUAUUUUCAGCUGGAGGGGAUAUUAAAUACUUGCUUGGCCUUAUCAGCAACAGAGCAUUCUCUGGAAAGACUUGAAAUUUUUCUGGUUUUAUUUUUGUUUGAGAGAAGUGAUCACAGUGUGAUUCUAACUCCAGUACACUUCAGUGAAAAGAAGAAAAUGGAUGGAGAGAGAGGGAAAUAUCACAAAGAAAACGGGGACAGUUGUUAAGAGAUUACAAGCAACAGAAGAAAAAUCGUUAUAAUUGGGACACCAUUCCAAAAUAUGUUUUUUUUGCAAAAUUUAGUAAAUUUUACCAAAGCAGCAUUUUGUACCUGCUGCUUUUCUCUGUUCACAGUAUUUACAGUGCUCUUUUGUUCAUCAAUAUUAUUGCAUUUUUUUCAGGAUUCUUUUUUUGUUUUUCUGCAUUGUACCGUUCGGUGAUUCAUUGUGUUUGCUGAACUAACAUUUACAGAGUACAGGAUCAAUUGGGUGUCUUGCUUACUAAGAUACAUGUAUAUGUGUGUGUGUGUGUGUUCGCGCCCCAUUAAGAAUCAGUGAUCGAACUAUUGGCUUUUAAACAUACUGCAACUGGGCAAAAUUCACAUUGACACAACUUCUGCACAGAACAAAUCUGAUUUCAUUCUAUAAAUCCUUCUUUCUAUCGGAAGAAUUUGUUGUAUUUUAAUUCACUUCCUCUGGAGGAGAUAGGUUCUGUGCCUUAUUUCGGUCGCGUGAACUGUGUCAGUUCUUUAUUCAGACACCCAGAUUUAGUACCAAGUAGGUCUGAGGUACUCCAUUGGAGGAAACGAGAAUUUUGAUCUUUCUGACUUACUGCACAUUUUUUUGUCUCCCACCUCCAACCCACUCUCAAGUUUCACCCACAAUGAACAUUCCCCUCCCCUCUCCCACCAAUAACACUGUUACAUUUUCUCAUUGACAAAGCCUUCCAUCACUUCCAUCCAAAAUCCAGAAUGUGACAUGAAGCCACACCCACUGAACUUUCCACCCUGUCCUGCUAACCUCGAGUGUUGGGGUGGGGUUGUUGGAACAAUUAUGACAAAACAUAUAUGUUGUGCCUCUGCUGCGUUUUCUAAAACCUAGCCAGGACCCAAUAAGAUCUAGUAAUCUGAUGUUAGUGUAAUGCUCUAAUGUAAACUACAUUAAUGUUUUUCUCUCUUAAUACUUAAAAGACAUCCGCUGCUGUGUUUCAUUAAUAAGGAUAAAAAAUAUAUUUAUCACGGAAUGAAUAAAAGCAAAAAAAAAGUGUUUUAAAAUAUUCUGCAUGAAUCCAGUAUAAUCGCCAUUGUUACUGUGAGAUUUAAGAGGCAGGUCUUCAGAAUUUAGGUACAAAUGAAAGCUAUCAAUUGGAAGAGUUGACAGGGCAGCUCAAGUGUUGUGGGUAUGUAUGAUGUUGAACAUAAGUCUGGAGGAAACGGGGUGAACAUUUGUAAACUUUCUUAAGGGUGCAACAGUGGAUUGUGAUAAUCCCAACAUGCUACGGGAUCCAGAUUCACUUUUGUGAAUACAAAACUUUAAUACAAACACAUAACAAUUCCCCUGUUAUGAGUGCAAUGCAAAUGGAACAUAGAUCACGCUUAUGCAAUUAUGUGGGAUAUUUCUGCUUUAUCUGUUUUUUUUAAUGGGAAGACUCGAUAUCUUUCAUAUGCAUGGAGUUACAAUAUUUCUACCAUACAGUACUCUUUAACGGGCAUUAAAACUUGUAUAUUUAAAGGGUUUUAUGUUUAUAUAAUAUGCAAAAAAGAUCAGCCUUAUAUGUCAUUAUUCUCUUUUCUGGUGUCUCAUACAAUCUGUUUUAUUGACUUUUUCUUGUUUGAUACAGUAAUGCAAAAAAGGAGGAGCAGAGCAGUAGCAGCCACUGACUUCCCUGGCAGAAGAGAUGUCUUUUUGUUUUGUGUUUUUGUAAGCGGCUUAUUGUUCAGUCGGUAGUGAUGAUUCAUGUUACUUUAAUACAAAAGUUUCAAAUAGUGGGGGGAUAAAAGGCAAAAAAAAAUUCAGGAAAAAAAUUUUUUUAAAUGAUACAUUCUUCAGCAAUAAUGCUUUAUAUCUGAGGGGCAGCUAACUACAGCUGGGUUUUUGCACCAAUAAUGUCCAGAGUUACUUGAUGGAAAAAAAUUGUUCAAAUAGUUUUUAGUUAAAUCUUAAUAGAGUUUUGCAUGCAGAUGAGAAGAGUACAGAAGAGGGUUGAUUACAGUAAUAGUUUUUCAUGUUUUUAUGUUAAUGUAGUGUUUUUAUUUGUAAUUUUUUAUACCAGUUAGUUUCCUUGUGUGUGGUAUGCGAGGGUUGUCUUUUUUUUUAAGUAAUGUAUACAUAAACACAUAAAGCAGUAUUUAAUCCUUUAACACACAGUAACACAAUAAUCUAUUAUUUUAUGGUGCGGUCUCUGUUUUGACUCUACUAUCCCCAUUGCUAUUGUUUUAUGGUCAACUGGUGCCAGUUAUUUCCAUAUCAUAACAAGGGAUUUUUUUAAUGAAAACCAACUCCUGCUUUGAAUAAGAGUCAUGAGCCUUCUAUUCAAGGGGACCUAUUGGCAUAAAAACCCAGUUAUCAUUUUAAACUGCUUCACUAUGAACUAGCCAGUGUACAAAAAACCCUGUAAAUACUUUUUUUUUCAUUUUAUGCUCUGUAUUAUAAGUGUAUAUUGUGCUCACCUCCAAUAUUUUUUCUGAUCUUUAAUAUGUCAUAGUUGUCUUGUUAUUGGAUUGUGUUAUUGCCUGAAUUACUGCAGUCAGUAAUUGCUCCAAAGGAAUCACUUUGAAAUGGGUUCCAGCUUUACCUGCACCCUCCCAAACUCCUUUUUUAAUGUUUGAGAAAUUCAACUUUAAUCUUUACUUUCCCCCCCCCCACCCCACCCAAUAUUAAGGCUGUUUUUCUUAAAACAAAGCGUCAUAUUUUUACUCUCCUUAGAAUAAUUUUCAGAAGAAUGAACAAUUGCUAUUUGCAACAGUUGAUCUGGAAUGACACUGUAUUUGGGCCUCUUUACUGCGUCCUCAUUCUACAUCAGCCAGCAGGACUCUCGGUCGCAUUACCUAUGCAUUUCAACAUAUUUAUAUUUGAUUUUCUUUCAUACGUAAGCUGCUGCUAAGAUAAGCAACUUAAUUUCCAAUCUUUAGAACUAUUUUUAUGUAAUAAUAAAUGUAUGCUUUCUUGUUUAUAAAUGCCUAAACAAAAAAACUGCUUGGCUUAUUUAUCUAGUGCGCUGUGUACCUGUCUGCCCCUUCCCCUCUUUCCUUUCCACCAUUCCACUCCCUGACCUUCCUACCAGUAAUGUAAAAUAAAGGACUUGAUGAGAUAUGUAAGAAAUAGCAAUGCAAAACCACAGUUUGCAAUGGACACAGUGACUGAAUGUACAGUGUAUAGAUGGCAUUACCAUAAAUAAAAAAUGUUUGC